UCUGCAAAGUGACGACAAGAAACCUCAAAACAACAUGAACUUCUCGUGGCUCACCAUCUUCAUCUUGGCCCUCAUCGCCAUGACCGUUUCGGCCAAGAACUGCCCAGCUCCGUUCAAGAAGGAGGGUAACAAGUGCACUGCCAAGCGCACCAUUCGUGGAGAGUGCCCCCCUGGAUCCCAGUACAGUGCCAAUGUCAACCUGUGUGUCUACAAAAACUAAAUAAACCAAAAUAAAACCUAAUCAGCCAUUGAACAUAUUUAAAACAA